AUGUGUUCUUGGACCUCAGGGGAAGACGCUCGGGCGUCUUUCACUUCUCACCUCCACUCCUCUUUAAGCAAUGCUGGCAUUCUUGUUUUCAAAGAUGACUUAGACCUUCCUAAGGCGAAUAGGUCGGGAGUUCUGCCUGUGUUUUAUGGCGUGGAUCCUUCCCAAGUUCGUAAGCAAAUCUCUAGUUUUGGAGAAGCGUUUCGAGAUCUUAUACAAAGAAGUUCACCCACAGAAGAUGAAGUGUUGAGGUGGAGGACAGAUCUCCGUGAAGCUGGGGGCACUGCGGGGUUUGUUGUGCUCAAGUCCAGGAAUGAAAGUGAGGAUAUCAAGAAUCAUGUUUGUGAAAUAUUGGACAAGAAAGACUUAUUUAUUGCCAACCAUCUCGUAGGAUUGAAUUCUCGAAUGCAAAAUUUGAUUAAAAUGUCACAAGGCCAUCCACCAAAUGAUGCUCUCCUGCUAGGGAUAUGGGGGAUGGGUGGUAUAGGAAAAACAGUAAUUGCCAAAGCCAUUUACAAUGAAAUUGGUCAAAAUUUUGAGAGCAGAAGUUUUCUUUCAAAUAUUAGGGAAGCUUGGGAGCAAGAUCGUGGUCCAGUUUACUUACAACAGCAACUUCUAUCACAAAUCUGUAAAACAACAAAGAUGAUAAUACCUUGCAUUGAAUCAGGAAAACACAUAUUAAGAGAAAGACUUUGCCAAAAGCAGGCUGUUGUUGUGCUAGAUGAUGUGGAUAAGGUGGAGCAACUAAAUGCUUUAUCUGGAAUUGUUAAAUGGUUUGGUCCAGGAAGUAGAGUAAUUAUCACGACUAGAGAUGAGCAUAUACUAAGAUUCCUUAACGUGGAUAUGAACUGUGUAUAUAGAGUAAAGAACAUGGAGAGAAGUGAAUCUAUUGAGCUUUUCAGCUGGCAUGCGUUUAGGCAACCAAGCCCUAAAGAAGGGUUUGUUGAACUUUCUAGAAAUAUAGUUGCUUAUUCUGGAGGACUGCCACUUGCUCUUGAAAUUCUUGGCUGCUAUUUGUUUGACAGGGAAGUGACAGAGUGGAAGAGUAUACUGGAAAAACUGAAAAAAAUCCCCAAUGGUCAGAUACAAAAGAAGCUAAAAAUAAGCUUUGAUGGUUUAAAUGAUGAUAUAGAGAGGGAAAUCUUCCUUGAUAUAUCUUGCUUCUUUAUUGGAAUGGAUAGGAAUGAUGUCACACAGAUAUUGAAUGCCAGUGGAUUUUUUGUGGACAUUGGAAUCAGUGUCCUUGUGGAGAGAAGCCUCGUGACUAUUGAUGAGAAGAACAAGCUCGGUAUGCAUGAUUUGUUGCGAGACAUGGGAAGAGAAAUAAUCCGUGAAAGGUCACCAAAAGAAUUUGGAAAGCGCAGUAGGUUAUGGUUUCCAGAAGAUGUGAUCAAUGUAUUAUCAAAACAUAGGGGUACAAAAUCAGUUGAGGGGCUAGCUUUGAAUCUAUCUCGAGGUGAUAAAGUUUAUUUUUUAACCAAAGCAUUUAAGAAGAUGAGGACACUUAGACUGCUUCGUCUUGGUAAUGUGGAACUUGAUGGGGACUAUAGAUACAUCAGUAGAGAUCUGAAAUGGCUCUCUUGGCACAAGUUUCCUUUGAAAUGCAACCCUGCCAACUUCUUUCAGAAUAAUUUGGUCGCCGUUGAAUUAACAUUUAGUAGCUUGAGAUUUUGGAGGGAACCCCAGUUAUUGGAGAAUCUGAAAAUCCUCAAUCUCAGCCACUCUCCUUACUUGGUGUGUACUCCUAAUUUUUCAAAAUUACCAAGUCCUGAAAAGUUGAUCCUCAAAGAUUGUCCAAGUUUGUCCAUGAUACAUCAUACGAUAGGGCAUCUGGAUAGAAUUCAUCUGCGAAAUUUGAAGGAUUGUACUGGCCUUCGUAGUCUCCCAAGAAGCAUUUAUAAAUUGAAGAGCUUAAAAACUCUAAUUCUUUCUGGUUGUUUGAUGAUUGAAAAGGUAGAGGAAGACAUAGAGCAGAUGGAUUCUUUGUCACCUUUAAUUGCAGAUAACACAGCAAUAACUCAAGUGCCCAUUUCUUUGCCGGCCCGGUACGAUGUGUUCUUAAGUUUUAGAGGGGAAGACACUCGGCCAUCUUUCACUUCUCAUCUCUACUCUUCUUUGAGCAAUGCGGGAAUUCUUGUCUUCAAAGAUGAUUCAGACCUUCCUAGGGGAAAUAAUAUCUCAAUGGAAUUGCCUCUGGCAAUUGAACAAUCUACAAUUUCAAUCAUUAUCUUCUCCAAAGAUUAUGCGGGUUCUGGAUGGUGCCUCAACGAGCUCUCCAAAAUCAUGGAGCUUCACAGAACACAGGGUCGGGUAGUUCUGCCUGUGUUUUAUGGCGUGGAUCCAUCCGAAGUUCGUAAUCAAAGAUCUAGUUUUGGAGAAGCACUUGAAGUUCUUAUACAGAGAAGUUCACCCACAAAAGAUCAAGUGCCGAGGUGGAGGACAGAUCUCCGUGAGGCUGGGAGCAUUUCAGGGUUUGUCAUGCUCAAUUCCAGGAAUGAAAGUGAGGAUAUCAUGAAUAUUGUUGAGCAUGUUUGUGAAAUAUUGGACAAGAAAGACUUGUUCGUUGCUAACCAUCCUGUAGGAGUAAACUCUCGCGUGCAAGAUUUGAUCAAAAUGUCAAAAAGCCAUCCACCAAAUGAUGUUCUCCUCCUUGGGAUCUGGGGGAUGGGUGGUCUAGGCAAAACAGUAAUUGCCAAGGCCAUUUACAAUGAAAUUGGUGGAAAUUUUGAGAGCAGAAGUUUUCUUUCAAAUAUUAGGGAGGUCUGGGAGCAAGAUCAUGGUCCAGUUUACUUACAACAGCAACUUCUUUCACAAAUCUGUAAAACAACAAAGAUGCCAAUACCUUGCAUUGAAUCAGGAAAAAACAUGCUAAAAGAAAGACUUCGCCAAAAGCAAACACUUGUAGUGCUUGAUGAUGUGGAUAAGGUGGAACAACUAAAUGCUUUAUCUGGAAGUGUUAAAUGGUUUGGUCUAGGAAGUAGAAUAAUUAUCACAACCAGAGAUGUACAUUUACUAAGAUUUCUUAACGUGGAUUUGGACCAUGUAUAUAGAGUAAAGAACAUGGACGAAAAUGAAUCUAUUGAGCUUUUCAGUUGGCAUGCGUUUAGGCAGCCGAGUCCUAGAGAAGGAUUUGUUGAACUUUCUAGAAAUAUAGUUGCUUAUUCUGGUGGACUACCACUAGCUCUUGAAAUUCUUGGCUGCUAUUUGUUUGAUAGGGAAGUGACAAAGUGGAAGAGUGUACUAGACAAACUGAAAAAAAUCCCAAAUGGUCAGAUACAAAAGAAGCUAAAAAUAAGCUUUGAUGGUUUAAAUGAUGAUACAGAGAGGGAAAUCUUCCUUGAUAUUUCUUGCUUCUUUAUUGGAAUGGAUAGGAAUGAUGUCACACAAAUAUUAAAUGCCAGUGGAUUUUUUGCGGACAUUGGAAUUAGUGUCCUUGUGGAGAGAAGCCUCGUGACUAUUGAUGAGAAGAACAAGCUUGGUAUGCAUGAUUUGUUACGAGAUAUGGGAAGAGAAAUAAUCCGUGAAAAGUCACCAAAAGAAUUUGGAAAGCGUAGUAGGUUAUGGUUUCAGGAGGAUGUGAUCGAUCUGUUAUCAAAACAUAUGGGUACAGAAUCUGUGGAGGGGCUAGCUUUGAAUCUGUCACAAGAUGGUAAAGUUUAUUUUUUAACCAAAGCAUUUAAGAAGAUGCAGACACUCAGACUGCUUCGUCUUGCUAAUGUGGAACUUGAUGGAGACUAUAGACACAUUAGUAGAGAUCUCAAAUGGCUCUGUUGGCACAAAUUUCCUUUCAAAUACAUCCCUGCGAACUUCCUUCAAAAUAAUUUAGUCGCUAUUGAAUUAAAAUACAGCAGUCUGAGACUCUGGAGGGAGCCCCAAUUAUUGGAGAAUCUAAAAAUCCUCAAUCUUAGCCACUCUCCUUACCUGGUGUUUACUCCUGAUUUUUCAAAGCUACCAAAUCUUGAAAAGUUGAUCCUCAAAGAUUGUCCAAGUUUGGCCACGAUACAUAAUACAAUAGGGCAUCUUGGUAAAAUUCAUCUAAUAAAUUUGAAGGAUUGUACUGGCCUUUGUAGUCUCCCAAGAAGCAUUUAUAAAUUGAAGUGCUUAAAAACUCUCAUUCUUUCUGGUUGUUUGAUGAUCGAAAAGUUAGAGGAAGAUAUAGAGCAGAUGGAUUCUUUGUCAACUCUAAUUGCGGAUAACACAGGAAUAACUGAAGUACCCAUUUCCUUGGCGAGAUCAAAAAGCAUUGGCUAUAUAUCUGUUUGUGGUUACCAAGGGCUUGCACGUCAUGUGUUUCCGUCCCUCAUUUGGUCAAGGAUGUCUCCAACGAACAAUCCUCUUUCUCUUAUUCCGAGAUAUGCUAGCACGCCAGCUUCAGUUUUCUUAUGUGAAAACAAUUGCAGUAUCUCAUGUCCUUCAUCGAUUCAUGACAACCUUCUAAAGCCCCAAAGCCUUUCAUUAGAAUGCACAUCAGAGAAUGAAGCUAAGGUAAAUCGAGAUGCUACAAAAAUCUUGGAUUCCCUGUGUGCCAUAAGUAGCAGGGACAUGGCAAAGACACCAAAUACUUCAAAAAUCUUGGAGAUUGAAUCUUCUGUGUUGGCUGAUCAUCAUAGUCAAGUUGACAUCUCAAGGCCAAACGAAUGUUCGAGACAUCUUCUAAUUCAUAUUGGAAACAAUGACCAAGUCACUAAUGCUCUUUCAGAAAGUAUUUUACAGGGACUAACUGUCAGAGAUGAUGGUGAUGAUUGUGUCCUCCCGGGUGACAAAUAUCCCUGUUGGCAAUGCUUCAAGGGUGAAGGAGCUUCUGUAAAAUUUAGAGUGCCUCUAGUUAGUAGCCAUGAGUUAAAAGGGAUGACUGUUUGCUGUGAAUAUCACCCCUCAGGUGAUUUGGGAAAUGUGGAUAUUGACUCUUUCAUUACCAUGGUGAUCACAAACUAUACAAAGACAACGACACUACUCUAUGGGCGAGGCGUAGUGACUUCCUUUGAAGAAGCAAAUUGGAAGGAAAUAAUAUCAAAUCUGGACUCUAAUGACCAAGUGCAUAUCAUUGUACUUUUUGGUAAUGGGUUCAUUGUGAAAAGAACAGCAGUUUACUUGAAAUAUGACGAGUCAUUUGAUGAACUGAUAGAGGAUCCACCAUCAUCAAGUAGAGAAUUGCAUAGGGAUGAUAAAAACCAUGAUUUCAAGCUGUCGGAGCCUAAGCGUCAGAGAUUUUUAUAUAUCUUAAAAGUGAUCCGAUCCGGCUGGUUGGACCGUCAGCCGGACUUAACAGCGAUUUGUUCUGCUCCUAGGAAUCGUUUCUGGGUUGAGCCGGAUCAGACCGGUGAGAAGCGACGCUUGAGGCGGAACCCGGGACGGGGUUUUAGUAAACCGGACGGACUUCUUGAAGCUGGAAUUCGAAAACUGUUGGAUGUGACGGACCUGGAACCACAUUCUCCUACUUCACAUGGACAGAGACCUGCUAGGAGGCUGAGAGAAGACGAGAAUCCGUCUGGAUUACCUCUUCCGGUAAAUGAUGUUUCUGCCGACAAUGGAGUUGGAGAUGAAAGUAGUAUUUCAUACUGCGACAACCCAGCUUGCAAAGCUGCCCUAAGUGAAGCAGAUGUGUUCUGUAAAAGAUGCUCAUGCUGCAUUUGUCAUAACUAUGAUGAGCACAAAGAUCCUAGCCUUUGGUUAAACUGUAGCUCUGAGCCUCCAUUUGUUGGUGUUUCUUGUUGCUCGUCAUGUCAUCUUGAGUGUGCUUUAGAGCAUGAUAAUUCUGGCAUUGCCGAAGAUGGGAGACGUCCCAAGCUUGAUGGAAGCUUCUACUGCAUCUCAUGUGGGAAAGUGAAUGAUUUGCUAGGGAGGGAAGGGAGAGAAGGAUUUUAA